GUCCAUGAGGGAAAACUUCUUGGUUGUUCUUCUAAUCAGAGUUGUGUUGGAAUAUGGGUUGUUGAUCUAACGCGCCUUGAGCCACAUGCAACUAGUACUUCAGCAUUACUUAAUGGCCGUUCUGAAUUGAAGACUUCAUCAGGUGGCACUAUGCCAUUACAAAACGACAGUGGUUCAAGGGCUAACAUAGGGCGAUCAUCAGCUCUACAAAAUUCAGAGAAUAACUUAAAAGCUUCUACAGGAAGGCUCUCAGUUUCUCAAAAUUCAGAUUCUGCACCCAAAGAGAUUAAGCCGACAGCUCCAAGUGGCUUGGUCCCAAGCACUCCUCAAAGGGUCGGAACUGGCUCCAGUACUAGAACAGCUGGAAAUUCAACUUAUGCAUCUGGUGGCACCACAUUAAAGAGAAGUUCACUGAAGAGUAACAGCACUUCUAAUCUUCAUAAUUUCAGUAAAACUGACGUGGUGCCUGCUGCUGUUAUCAUCCCAAGAACUAGCUCAGGAGCAGAGCUUGGUACUGGUUCAAGAAGUUAUGCUGCUGAUGUGGCCCCUGUUCUUUCAAAGGCAAGCAGAAGGGCAGAGCCGGCUACUGAUCCUAGGACAGAAAGUGCUGAUGUGGCACCUGCUGUUGUUCCCAGAACAAGUUCAAGAAUGGAAAUGGCCUCUGAUUCAGCACCUGAUGCUGUUUCUAGGGUAGGCAGAAGGUUGGAAUCUGCUGCUGAUUCUAGGAAAGAAAGUGCUGAUGCAGCACCGGUCGUUCCCAGGGCUACUUCAAGAAUGGAAAUGGCCUCUGAUUCUGUACCUGUUCUUCCGAAGGCAGGCAGAAGGUUCGAGUCUGCUACUGAUUCAAGAAAAGAAAGCACUGAUGAAGCACCUGUUGUUGUUCCUAGAGCAACUUCAAGAAUGGAAAUGGCCUCUGAUUCUAGGAGAGAACCUUCUGCAGGAAGAGUAUCACCAUUUAGGAUCCAAUCAAGGUAUGCUGAACCAAGGAAAUCAACCAAUGUGAAAGUUGAUAUGGACAAAGUUGAUGUGGGAAGCAAAGAUACUGAAAGUGACGACCUUACUUGUCAAAUAUUUCUUCCUCGGAGGAAUGGUGCUGUUCAAACAGUGAUUCCCGAAGAAACUCGUGAAGAUGUAAAACAUGGUUCAGUUUACAGGUCGGGAUUUUCAGGUUCAGCAGAAUCAAAUACGAGCCACCGGAAUGAUAAUUAUGUUCCUAGAAUGCGUAAGCCAAGAGAUAACUGCUACAUUGAAGUUUCAAGAGCAGGAAGAACAAGAUCAAUUGUUUCUAAUUGGGAAGGCAGGGAUCAGUCCCCAAGUCACGAAGAACCAACAACAAGCAAUUCAGCGUUGGGGGCUCCUAGAGGCCGAAUAUAUUCAUCUAGAGGAAGCAGUCAAGCAGCUGAAACUAAUAUCGUAACUAGCGAGGAAGAUGUUUUAUCUGUUCUAAUCGAAGAGCAUGAUCUAUUUUUGAGUUCAACACGGUCACGGCUGACAAAAUUGCAGAUUCUGCACCAAAUGUGGCAAAGAAAUGACAUCAGGGGUGUUUUCUCAGCGCUGGAGAAGAUGUCCGAUCAUGCUGUAUGUGCUGAUAUGGCAAGUGUUCUGAUGGAGAAAAGCGAAGCCAUCACACUAGAUUUAUGUACCACUAUCCUGCCUGUCCUUGCUGACCUUUUGGAGAGUAAAACUGACAGGCAUGUAGCCGUAUCACUGGAACUGGUAGUGAAGCUUGUCAGGACUUUUGGGCCUGUAAUACAUUCAACAGUGUCGGUUGGUCCAUCUUCUGUUGGUGUAGAUCUUGAAGCAGAGCAAAGGCGGGAGAGGUGCAACUUAUGCUUCAUAGAACUGGAGAAAGUUAAAAAUAAGCUUCCUUCCCUUAUGAGAAGAAAAGGGGCAGCUUCAAACACAGCGCAGGAGCUCAGUCUUGUCUUCCAGGAAAUUAUGUCGUAGACUGACCACACAUUCUCAAUACAAACACACAGUUGAAUGGGAGAUGCUUUCUUUCCCUCUGGUCGCACGAUGGAGCGCUGCUUGUUUUCGUGCGCUACCGUGAAGCCCUGAGGUCACGCCCUGUGGUAGUAACAUUUUGUUGCUACUGAUCCAUGCCCUUUGUACAACACUAACCCUUAUUGAUUUGGCAUCCUUGCCAUUUGAAAAGAGAAGCCGCCAGAGCAUCAUCUUUGAGCCAUAACGCGGGGCGGUGUCCCUUGCGUCAUGAUUGUUUCACCGGCCGGUUCGGAAGGUGUUCGUUUGGUCUCGACCUCGAAGUCAGAAGGCCUGCCUGUAAAUGCUGUAGCCUCUCUCGCUCUGCUUGUGUAUCAGCUUGCUUUUUGGUAUGGUAGUUUGUUGUUGGGCUUGUAUGAUGUCUGGUCGAUGCAGUGACAAGAUUGACGAGUGAGUGUGUGUGUGUGUGGAUCCGAUACAUGUACAAUUGUACACCAUUUUUUGUUGAAGAGUUUUGACACAUUUAACUUUUGA